GCACCACAUCGCCGCGACAUAACCUGAACUUCCUCAAGGCUCGUCCUGUGGCCGUCGUAUAUUCUGAAGUAGUCUACAUAUGGUUUGUCCUUUUCGUUAUCACUGAUAUUCUGCUACAUGUAUUAUUAUUACUUCUGUCAACUUCGUCAAGUCACUCGAAAACAUUUACGCAGUCACAACCUGUUGGUCCAUCGAAACAGCUCUUAACUGGUGCUCUUUCGAACUGUAUAAUUCGCCUAUGUGUGUCAAUGUCGAAGAAACUGCUGAG